UUGUUAGCAGAUUGCAAGCUAGCUCAAUACAGGCGGUACGGUGCGGCUACAAGGGGAUGUUUCAUCUGCUUUAACACAAGCUGAGGACGACGUCGUUUUAUAUCGACUCUACACACGAGGGACUAACUAACUUCCAAACUUUGGCGAGAUGACGACGCGGUCGGAGAGAGAAAAAGCCCAAAAACUGAAUGAGCAGCAUCAGGCCAUUCUGUCUAAACUGCUGAGAGAAGAAGAAAACAAGUACUGUGCUGACUGUGAGGCAAAAGGUCCUCGAUGGGCAUCAUGGAACCUCGGGGUGUUCAUGUGUAUCCGCUGUGCCGGCAUCCACCGCAACCUCGGUGUUCACAUCUCCAGAGUCAAAUCUGUCAAUCUGGACCAGUGGACACCUGAGCAGAUCCAGAGUAUGGUGGACAUGAGCAACAGAAGGGCCAAACUGCUUUACGAAGCCCACCUACCAGGGAACUUCAAGCAUCCACAGACAGACCAAGCAGUGGAGGUCUUCAUCCGGGACAAGUACGAGAGGAAAAAGUACUACAACAAGGAGGCUCUGGCUGAAGCUCCACCGAAGUCCUCUGAAGCUGCUCCUCUCUCCACCUCACCAUCGUCCCAGGCUGACGGGAGCAGACAGGAGAAGGAGCGUGAGAAGAAGAAAGAGAAGCAUGUUAAUAAAGUGGAGAGACACAGUGACACAAAGACAGAGUAUAGAGCCAGUCCCAAGGAAUGCACAGAGCCAGCUGUGGACCUGCUGGGCCUGGAUCCUCCAGAGGCUGGUGGGAGGGGCUUGGGUGGUGCCGCACCAAUCAGCGAUGAACUUGACAUCUUUGGACCAAUGGUCUCCAACCCUCUCCCCUCUUCCAACAACACACAACAGUCUAGUUCCAGUACAGCACCUGCACAGGCGGACCCCUCCACCUCCUCCUCUGCAUCCUCCUCUACCUCUACCACUACCACUACGAAGGCGGAGGAGAAGAAGCUUUUAUCUAAAGACUCUAUCCUGUCUCUGUAUGCCAGCAGCUCAGUGGCCAGUCAACCGCAGAGCCAGCAACAGCCUGUUCCAGGACAAGCAGGAAUGUACGUGGGCCAGCCUCAGAUGCAGUUCACUCCGCAGGGUUUCGCUCCAGGGAUGGGUGGAGGCGUCCCACCCACCACCAUGAUGGGCGGGGGGGCCAUGAUGUCGGGGAUGGCACUGCCCAACGGCAGCUACAUGGGCAUGCAUCAGCAGGGCGUGAUGUUAGCCAACCAAGGCCAGAACAUGUACAGCAUGCAGCCAGGACAGCAGCCAGGACAGUGGAACAUGAGCCAGAUGACCCAGCAGAUGUCAGGCAUGGCUGUGAGUGGGCAGUCAGGGGCACCCGCGACUGGCUGGCCCGCGGUUCCACCGACGACUUCCGGCCAGACCCUGAGCACUCAGCUGUGGAAGUGACGAGAAGGGUGUCCGGAGAAUGAGUGGGGGAAACCGGAGGGCAGUCAUAUGGCAACAAAAUAGCCAAAUAUGUUCCAGACCCACAAAUAUCCUUACAGCUCCGAAUAAAAGACGCACAGUGUGGAUAGUUGGACUGCCCUUAAUGUCCCCUGCCUAAAGCCUACAAACUUCCACCGUGAUUCCUUUAAAAAGACAAGAUGACAUCACACUGAAUGGAGUGGAAAAAAAGGAAAGACUGUGAGAAGGUUAGAGCUGCAGAGCUCCAGGUUUGGGCCUACGUCCUCCAGAGCUUAGAGAAGGAAGUUGGAAAUUGUGUACGCCAGAGACAAUCAUCAUGAUACGAUAGCAUGCGUUCAUUAGUUUAAAUAAGCCACACGAUGUCCACCAACAACAGCAGGUAAACAAUACAAUUUAAUAUAUAUAUUAUUACUAAUAUAUAUUAGCUAGCUAUGCUAUUGACAUUAUCAAACGUAUGUUAACCGUAGCUUAAAUGAUUUCAUUAAGCUUUUAGCAUUUUUUUCCUGUUGUGCUAAUGUUAGUUUGCUGACGGUACUAUAGCUAGCUAACAUUAGCAAACUCGUAAGAUUUAUAAGUUAUUUGCUGCUUAACGUUACUUAGCUUUAUAAGUUAGAGUUAUAUUUAAAUAUUAAGUUUGUAUUGUUAACCUUGGUUUUACUGGUGGAGGUCGUGUUGCAUGGACGAGAUACAAUGUAUUAAGUACUCAGUAGGCUACUUGAUUUAUCAAUGAUAAGCGUGAUAAAACAAUACACUGCGCAACAUAAUACAGUGGCAUGUAAAUGUUAUUUACUGAUAAGGAAGCGCGAAUAACACACGUGAUGUUCCACCAUGAGUCCGAGCUCCGGAGGUGGGCCACAGCCUGGAGCUCUGCAGCGGGACGCUAUUGAAGACUGGCAGCUGUCUUUUCCCGUCUUUACUCAGCUUUCCUCUUCCAUUUUGAUUUCCCUUUGUUGUUGUUUUCUGAAAAAAGAGACAAAAACAGCAGAAUCAUUAGAAAAGUAAGCUACUGGACCAAUAACUCCAAGUGUCUAUUAUAGUAAUAUUAUAUCAUUACCAAAACGGAUAGCCAGUGAAUAGUCUGUCAAUACCGACAGUAGAUAUGGCUAUCUUGUGGUUGGUCUAUGCUACCUUGUACUCCCCCUUCUCUCUGCUGUGUAUAUUGUAACCCUCCCCCCUCCCCCUCUGUAGGGCGAGCAGAGUCUCGUAGCAGAUAGUCGUCUGAACAGUACUGUAUUUAUGUGAUUAUGAUGUGAACCUCCCACUUUUUCAGAGCCAUAGGCGAGAGGUUGAUGCUUCCACUCUCAAUGACUACACUCCAUAAAGAUCAUAUACAGCAGUGUUUCCUAACCUUGAGAGGUUGGGUCAGAAGACACACCUGAAGGGUUGUAAGAUCAUUAAAAUAGGAAACAAGAAAAAGAAAAAAAAGGAAUUUCUUGUUGAGUCUUGUCUUCUCGGACUCUUUGAACUUCCCCCAACUCAUAAACAUCUACAAACUGACCAGGGGUCACAAGUAGGGCCGGGUGAUACAGCCAAAAAAAUAACAUGACUGAAACAUUUAUAGUUGUAGGUCAUCAUUUGCAAAUCAGUUCAAAUAACUCAUUUAUUUUCAAAACAAUAAGGAUUAGUCCUUACAGCUCACUAUAAGAUUCUCCAAGAAAUAGUUCCACAUUUUGGGGAAUACCUAUAUUUGCUUUUUUUUGUCAUUUUGCAGGAGGUGUAUUUGAAUAUAUACACAACACUGUCUGACCAGUUAUCCAGUAUCAGCACUUUUACCAGCAGAUAAAUAUAUGGGUCCAGUUUUUAUCUCAUACUGCAAGCUGGUUAAAAGUGACCCGAGGGAUUCCCUUUAAGGCGGUGAAUGCUGCGCGGCCCUUUGUCCCCAGCUGGGUGUUUUUGGUAGUCAUGGCUAUGGUUGUGGUUUUGUGAGAUCGUUGUCAGGGACCAGUAGAGAGAUAAGUGAACUGUCCGUUCACUUCCAGCUGCAGGGCAGGAUUUCCACAUGCUUUUUCUUUUUAAAAACUGGACCAAUGUGACACCCAAAAUGUUGCUCCCUUCAUGUAUGACGCUAUUACUGUAUGUUCUGCCAUGCGCCAUUUUAUUGUGGUGUUUUUGUUGUGUGCGGUACAAGAGAAGCACAGUUUAGUCUGAAGCAAAUAAACCUGGAUGACCAAUCAGAGGGCCAGACGAUGAAGGGGUGAGGAGGAACAGGAUUUGACAGUCCUUGCAAAAGCGGACCUGUAUGAAAGUACUGGAUGGGUUCCGUCACUGUCCAGUCCUUGUUCGUUGGGAGUAAGAAUAGAGGAGCAAGAGUAGAGAUGAACAAACAUACACACACAUAUGCACCCACACUUCCAAGUGCUGAUACAGAGCUUUGUGUCCGUGUACACGUGGUCCCUCUGCCAUGCAAUAACUGCAGCACUUGUUAGCCGGUGUGAGCGACACAUAAAUAUCAUUAAUACAUCUAAUGUCCUCCAGGUUUAUUUCCAAUGUGUUUACAAUUUCUGGUGCCUAUAGUACAGAGAACAGUGGUUUCCGUGCAUUUUAAAAUAUCCAGGAUUUUUUGUCUAAUGACUCUUUUAAUUGUAAUAGUACUGUUUUAUCUUGGAAUUUUAUUUGUUUGCACCUUUUUUCUGUUCCAAGUUUUACAAGAGGGUCAUUUGAAAUAAAGGCUGUUGAAUCCUG